CCCUCCCUCCCCCUUCACUGUCCCUCUCCCCACUGCCCAGGCUGAGGAUGGGCAGACUAGCAGUGCCUGGUGUGGGGGUUCCCCUCCAGCCUGCCAUUGCUCUGCCUGAGUAUCUGGCCAUCACAGCUGUGUAACCGGAAUGCCCAGGGAAAAGUAUGAUCCACCUGAUCCACGGAGAAUGUACACAAUCAUGUCUUCUGAAGAAGCAGCAAAUGGGAAAAAAUCACACUGGGCAGAGUUAGAAAUCAGCGGGAGAGUUCGAAGUCUGAGUUCAUCUUUGUGGUCGCUAACGCACUUGACUGCAUUGCAUCUUGGUGACAACUCCCUUUCACGCAUUCCUCCUGACAUUGCCAAACUGCACAAUCUGGUUUACCUGGACCUAUCGUGCAACAAGAUCCGGAGUUUACCAUCAGAACUUGGAAACAUGGUAUCACUCAGGGAACUGCUUUUAAACAAUAAUCUUCUACGGGUUCUACCAUUUGAGCUUGGAAAGUUGUUUCAGCUACAGACCCUGGGUUUGAAAGGAAAUCCUCUGGCACAAGAAAUCCUUAACCUUUAUCAGGAACCAGAUGGAACUCGAAGGCUACUGAAUUACUUGCUUGAUAAUUUGGCAGGUACUGCUAAAAGAAUUCAGCCAGAACAACCACCUCCAAGGUCGUGGAUUGUCUUACAAGAACCAGAGAGGACACAUCCCUCAGCAUUGUUCUCAGUCAUGUGCUACAAUGUACUAUGUGACAAGUAUGCCACAAGACAGCUGUAUGGCUACUGUCCGUCAUGGGCUUUGAGCUGGGAAUAUAGGAAAAAAUCUAUUAUGCAAGAAAUCUUGAACUGCAAUGCAGAUAUCAUAAGUCUUCAGGAAGUUGAAACUGAACAGUACUUCACCUUCUUCCUGGUUGAACUUAAAGAACAUGGAUAUGACGGCUUCUUCAGUCCUAAAUCCAGAGCUCGGACAAUGUCUGAAUCCGAUCGGAAGCAUGUGGAUGGCUGUGCAAUAUUCUACAAGACAGAAAAAUUUACUCUGAUUCAGAACCAUACUGUUGAGUUCAACCAGUUGGCUAUGGCAAACUCGGACGGCUCAGAAGCUAUGCUGAAUAGAGUUAUGACAAAGGACAACAUUGGUGUUGCUGUGCUGUUAGAGUUGCAGAAGGAUUCUUUUGAAAUAUCUCCUGCGAAAACGUAUCACGAAAUGGAAAAGCAGCUCAUUCUGGUCGCGAAUGCACACAUGCAUUGGGAUCCCGAGUACUCUGAUGUCAAGCUGAUCCAGACCAUGAUGUUCCUGUCUGAAGUGAAGAACAUCAUCGAGAAGGCCUCUCGUACACUCAGACCCGGUGCCUCCUCGGCUGACCUCAAUGCCAUUCCACUUGUACUGUGCGCAGAUCUCAAUUCGCUGCCGGAUUCAGGUGUGGUUGAAUACUUGAGCACUGGAGGAGUUGACACAAACCACAAGGAUUUCAAAGAACUAAGAUACAGUGACUGUCUCAUGAAAUUCAGUAGCAUUGGGAAAAACGGAACACCCAGUGCAAGAAUCACUCAUGGCUUCAAGCUGAAGAGUGCCUACGAGAAUGGCCUGAUGCCUUAUACAAACUAUACCUUUGACUUCAAAGGUAUCAUUGACUACGUCUUCUAUUCCAAGCCUCACAUUAACAUACUGGGUGUUCUUGGACCUUUGGAUCCUAACUGGCUGAUUGAAAACAAUAUUAGUGGCUGCCCACACCCACACAUCCCGUCUGACCACUUCUCACUUUUUGCACAACUUGAGCUUUUACUGCCCUUCUUGUCACCAGUAAAUGGUAUCCAUCUGCCAACCCGAAGGUAGUUGUGUGUGUGUGUGUACCAUUUGGAGGGAAGCCUCAAAACAAUUUGUAAAGUUGUAAAAUCAAAGUACUGAGGAGUGAAGUAUGGCCAGUAGGAUUGUUGUCCAAAUUAUGUUCUUAAUCAAUUUUAAAUUUGUUUCUUGGAUAGCUUGUUUAAAUAAUUAAUAAAUAAAUGAUAGUAGUCUGGUGCUAUUUACAGACGAUGAAAUUCUGAGCCCUAUUUCCUACUUUGUAUAUUGUAGACAAAUGUUGAAAAAUGGGUAUCUUUAUUUUAUAAAGCUUGUAUUGCUUUUUUGCUUCUGCAUUUUGUUCUGUUGGUGUAAAAAUGAAGCAAAUUCUCCAGUCUCUCUACAUAGGUUAGUUAUACAGUUGAUUCCCAUUAGGUGAAAAACUUGUAUUAAAGCAUUUUUAUUUAUCUAGGAAAAUUCACUGAACACAAAUUCACAUUCGACUACAGUAUGCGCACUUUGUAAUGCAGCUAAAAGAAUUAUAAAUUUGGCAAACUAUUUUACACUGCUACCUUGAUCUUAACUUUGCGCUAUGGUGGAAGGUCAAAGAGCUAUUUAGGGUAUAAUGUAGAGUGCAGUUUGGAAUGGAAGUGGGGGGUGAAAUUUGUAAUCUGAUCGAAACAAUUCAGUUAUUAGGAACUGACAUUAACAGAGUAUUCCUGGGUAAAUCUCUACAAUGACCUUUUCUCUCCUAAAUGUUAAUGUUUUAUAUGUAUAUAUUUUUUAAUAAUCCUGUCAACCAACCAGCAGCUGACCUCUGAUCAAAGUGGCAAUCUUCAUUCUUUUUUUCUCUCAUUCUCUCUCUCUCUCUCUCUCUGCCUCUCAGCUCUGAAUAGUUUUUCCAUUUCCCCCCCCCCCCCCCCCAACCCAAAUUGCUGAUUUUAACUCGGUGCAUAGAUGAAACUGCUGAGAGGCAAGGUGGGGAGCAAAUAACUAUUUUCCAUCUGGAAACGUCAUUGAAAUGAUCACUUCAAUUCGUCACUACCUUCAAUUAAUUUCAGCUUCCAAACCCGUGAAGGCAUUUGUAGAGACUUAUUCUGAAGUAUUCCAUUUAAGUGUUUGUUUUAUUGGAAGUACGCAAAGUGUAAAAGGACAGUGGCGUUGUUUUUUUUAAUUAAAAAAGAUAUGUCCGCCGAUUAAGCAGUUAAGUACUUACUAAAGUGGAAUCAACUGUAUAUCCUUGUUGCACUACUAUUUCAGGCCAGUAGUAGCCAUUUGAAGACCUUUCUUUCCAUACUUCACUCCUACAAUUUUGAGAAGUGUUUGUAUAAAAUUGAAUUUGAAUUUAGCCUUUAAUGAUUGUAUAUGAACCACAGAAGACCUGAUUUAAGGAAUUUUGUACUAAAAAAAAUUUAAAACAGAUUUGGGAAAAAAAAAUGAUUGUAUUGUAAACUAAGGCUAAAUUUUUAUCUGUUUCAUGCUUUAAAAAAAACAUUUGUAAAAAAAAAAAGAAGUUGCAAGAGGUUUCCUCCGCUAAUAUUUGCACUGUUCUGGAUUUGUAACUCGUGUUCGUUCUACUCUUUACAGUUGAGGACAUUGUUAAUUUAAAGUCAAUUAUUUCACUCCUCAGGAUUUGGUAUCAGUGUUCUGACCUUGCAAUCUAUUUGAAUUACUCCCCCGUUCCCCCACUCCCCAAAUCCUCUGAUUAUAAGUUUUUUUUAACAUGACGUGUGCCUCAUUGACCUUUUUAUUAUAUUUUUUUCGAGGUUUUAUUUGGAACCAGCACUGCCUGUGCAGGCGGAGAGAUCCUGAGCAGCUUCUUUUUGAGAUUUUUUUAAACAAUAAAAAAAAACUGUUAAGAUUUGUGAGAUUUUAUGAAGACACUUUUGUAUAAGCUCUGUGGCAUUUUUUUUCUUGUGGAGCAAUGAACACCACAUUGUUGAUCAGGUUGGGUACAGUAGGGUAUAGAGUGUAACUUUUACCCAUUGUACCCUGGCACUGCUUCUGUCUCUUUGCACAGUGCUACUUUUCACCAAGGAACGCUGCAUCGUGUAAGACUUUGCGCAGUCAAUGUCGUGUGCUUUGAUCUUGUAGAGAAGUAUCAUUCCUUGGUAGGAAUUUUAAUGUUCUGAAGCAGUGUAAACUAGAACCGAGCUGUGUUUGCAUACAGGUCAUCCAGACAAAGUUUCAAAUGAAUUUUUUAAAAAAUAUAUAUAUAUAAAUAAAUUAAGCGGCAAAAGUCAUGCUUUUGUGUUUUCCAGCUGGACCACGGCUAUAUCUCCGCUCUCUGUUCAUUGUGCCAUUGGUAGCCUAUAGCAUAUUCUUAAAGCCAAGUGUGCAAGCUUUAGUAGGUUAGCUUUUGCUGUGCUUUUGUUCGAGGUCUUAGGGGGAAAGAAAGGGGAACCUUUGGAAAUUAGCUUGUACUAUAUCAUGCAUUGAAUGAGCCAGAGGUAUAGUUUGAUCUAGCUCUUUAGUUUCAACUGCAGGCAGAGAGAGACAAAAAGAACACAGCAUGACACUAAAAGAAUUGGGACCGGUCGUUAUUCCAGUUUACAGUUGAUGCGGAAAAGCAGCUGAGUGGAUUAAAACAAUUUUUUUUAACUGAUUUAAAACCUUUUUUUUAAAAAAAAAACGGAACAAAGACUGGCGUAGCACUUAAAAAGAUGGUGGGUGCAAGUCAAAUCCCGGAUCGGAUCAGCAAAUUGGCUUAACUUAAGUUUUCUACCCAAUAAGCGACAAAAUACCCACAGUAUAUUUUAUUGAAUCUUUGUCUGGGACCUGCAGUCUUUUGUUUGUGCAAAUAGGAAACGUGUCCAAUUUAUAAUCGGUAAACUAAUUACUGGUAGUAUUGUUGUAGUAGAUUUAAUGAGUAGCUUUUUGUAAAGUGUGAAUAAAAAGUGUUUACUCAUGUUUUCCUUGCUUUUUACCAUUUUGUUAAUGUGUACAUCAUGAAACCCCCCAAAACAACAGUAAGUUAGAUAAAGUGGCCAUACAGUAUUGAUCUUUGUCAGUGUUUCAAUUUCAUGGUCACUCAAGUGGAUUAUACAGUACACAAUUCAAAGGGGCUGUUGAUUCCUAUCAAUUACCUACAGACCAAAUUCAAAUGCUAUUGUAUACUUGUUCAUUUUUGUGACUGAUUAAAGUGUGGUGUCUUAUUCAAA